AUGGAUUUGCGCGAUUCAGAUGAUGACUGUCAGCAGACACUCGGCCAGAUCGCUCGGCAACAUGGCCAAUCAAUUGUCGAGUUGCUUGUGCAAAUACAGAAAGCCAGAACGGAGGAAUGGAAGCCAACAAAAUUUCUCCAGCCGCUGGAGUGCCUCCAACUCAUCGGCCGCCCUCAGAGCCACACAGCCCUCAGAAACAACUUGGCUGGAACGAUUAAACCGCUUCAUAGUGAUACAGUCACCGUUCCCAAGCUAUUGGAGGAUAUCAAAGUACAACGGGGGCUUCCACGGAUUUUCACCGGGCAAGGAGUUUCGGUCCAGAACGAGGGCAGGUUUAUGAACCGCAGUCACCUUAACGUUCUCGACGGUCAGACCAAGUACAUUGCUGUAUCCUACACGUGGAAUCCACCAGAUGGACACGAUAACACCUCCGGUCGAUAUUGGAUAGCGAAGAGGGCCGGGAAUGGCUUUGAACAGUCGCCGAUACGCAAUAGUCUCCUCGACCGUAUCACCAACUACAUGCGAGCACUAUGUGUGGAACACCUUUGGAUCGAUCAGCAUUGCAUUGUCCAGACCACAACAUGCACAAUGAGUCACUGCGCUCAUGACGACUGCAACGAAAAGCGGGAGGCAGUGCACGCUAUGGACCUCGUCUUUGCAUCCAGCGAAUAUCCCACGGCCUUCCUUUCACAAUCUAUCGAUACAUGGUGGGAUCUGCGUUUGUUGCACGGUCUUCUUCGGCAUUCAUGGCUCAUGCAUUACAGCUCGUAUUGUUAUGGCGUUAGUCUACGAUCCCAUCGGGUUCGACAUGCUAAAGAUACGCUGAAACUCGUGCACCGCCUCAUGUGUGACCCUUGGUGGGCGAGAGCAUGGCCAUUUCAGGAGAGACAUGUGACGAACUCAAGGUUGCAGCUGCUUUGGCGAUAUCCUCCCCACCUCGAGAAGCGAAAGCAGGCGCUGUUUCCAGAGAUGCAAGUUCCAGGAGAGAUCAGCAUUCAAGCUAUUGAAUUCCUUACCCAGGCUGACAUGUUGUGCCGUGCGAUGGUCCGACAUAUUUCCAGCGAACUACAUCCUGAAGAGAAGGAAAUGAUACGCCAAGUCUUUCAAGCUGUCGUUCACGACGGGCCAUGGCUCGGAUCGCUUCCUUUAAUACCCCCUCUCGUUGACACAGUCAUCUCAAAAGACAUAGCAAAGCCCUGGGACCGUGUUGCUAUUAUAGAGCUUCAGUACCUGCAGCAGACGGAUAAAAGCCUUAGUAUCUCUAUCCUAGCCCUCGUUCUUUUGAAUGGAGAGGUGCUCAACAAUCGCCGAAAGCGAGACCAACAGAGAGCAGCCGACAUGACAGUCUCUCAAUAUCUAACGUCGCGGCUAUGCAGGACCGGAUACUACGCAAGCCGAUGUGGCUUUCUCGACGUUACGUUUACCAUGAAGGGUAUUCGAACAGAAGGACACCUGUGGAAGUUAGGCAAGGUUAUCGACGGCACCGUAUGGUCGGUCGGCGACCCUGUUAUCUUUAAACCGGAUCCUUCCAAAUGGCCAAUGGAUAACAGUAAAGAUGCGAACGAGCAUCGCUGCUGGUGGAGAGCAGUACGAUGUCGAAUCCUGAUUGCGAAACUCAAAGCUUCUGGCUAUAGCAAUCUAGCAGAGAACCUUCAACAGCUUUUGAGACACUCCAUAACUGCUUGCUUAUUCCGCCCGAACCAUUCGAAAGGAGGGCAGAGUACGCCGCCACUCGCGACCCUCGAAGUGAUUGAUGCAAUUGGUCGUGGGAAGAAGGUCAGAGUAGGAUGUCUCUGGCACCCUGGACUGCCCUCGAAGCCAUCAUCUUAUAGUGCUCUGUUUGUUUGGGAAGGAGACGAGCUCGAAGAUCCGGAAGACCACCAGCAGAACAAUACUCUCUUCUCGACAAUGGUGUUUACGGCCACUCGAGUGAACGAUUUCAGCUCCCCUUUUGAUCCCAUCGACGAGCAUCCAAAAUUCUCCUCUGAAGAGGGGAAAUUUCAUCGACAUCUGUCGUUGGAGGUGGAAAUAGAAAACCCGGGUGCCAAGAAUGUUGUCUUCAGCAAGAGAGCUGGAAAUCUACCAUCGCUAAAGACCAAGCGAUGGAUCAGCGGUCUGCAUUUCCCAGAUAUCUGCAUGCGCCCAUCACGUCAAGUUGUGUUUCCUUGGCCCCAUGAGCUGGCGGCCAUUGGAGGCCGUCAUAGGGUUCAUGAUUCCCGUCCGAGCCGAACAAAGAUAUAUGGUGAAAUAGCUUCGAACCUAUACAAAUGGGAUAACCCUAUAUAUGAACGUACAGGAAGGCGAUUGUUCGAUACUUGCUUUUUUACGAAUAGCAUUUGCCCCCUUUUAACCCCCAUGGGGUUGAGAAGUAGACAAAGCUAUUUCAAUGCCAUCUACUCUACAAGCUUCAAGCAGACGAAAACGUUUAGGCAUCACUAUUACGAAAGAAUAGUUAUGCCCGUCGUACGCAUCGACUGCACAGGUCCACUUUAUCGUGAGGCUGUUCCCACACUCAAACACCUGUGCAGUCUUGGCAAGCGGUGCAGAUAUAAGUGUACUUUAGCAGAUAUUAGUAAGUACAACACCCCUAUACCGAACUUUAUAAUUUAA